CUCACCGCCCGGGGCAGCGAGUGGCCCAGCGGGAGGGGGGCUGGCAUCGUGUGGCCGCCAGUGCCUCCAGCUGGGACAUUAUCCUAUAGAGGGAGGCGAAGGAAGGAAGCGGCUAGAUGCACCAAGGAGUACUCUGCUUCGCUGUUGACAGUAAUAGAAAACUAGAAGUCAUAACUACAGGGCAGUGGUUAAGUUAUGGUCCAACCACUUGUAGAAUAUUCUACAGCCAGUAAGUGUAGUUAGGAACCCUCUGCGGCAACGUGCAAAAGCUCUCAUUAUGAUAAGUAGAAAAGCAAAAUAGAAAACUGUGCAAUAUGCAGUUUUCAUCUGCAAGAUCAUAUAUGGAGAAAAAUAUUAAAAUGAUAGAAAGUGUGUUAUGGUGAAGGAAGAUUUGGGGCAGUUUUUUUCGUUCUUAUUUUUCAAACUCUAUAGUGGUAUUAUAUUGAUUAAAAAUUUUUUAUUUUAAAAAGAGAAAGCAAAGGGGCGAAUUCAGUUCUCACGUAGAAGCUUCCAGAGCCCCGUCUCAUGGGCUGCAUUUCCGCAGUGGUUGCACUGAGACAGGGUGACUCCAGAAGCCAGUGAAGGGUGUUGAACAGGACAGACCCUCUGUGAGGACGCAGCGAGUGACGGCAGGGCUGCAGCUGGAUAGACAGCUGCGUCCCUGAAUGGGGAAAGGAUUCACCUUGAAGGAGGGAGUCAGAGGGAAGAAGGGAGGGGAAUUAAUGUGAGGUGAAACCAUGAAGCCAGGUGACAGGAAGGUAACGGGUUUCUUCAGAUUCGCCCGCUCAUUGUAGUGGGUGCUCAUUGUAGUGGGUGCUGACCUCCACCCCGCCCCUCCUGGCGCCCCGACUUCAGUAACUCCUCGGGGCCUCGGUGGGCUGAUCCCACUGCUGGGGGUGCAGCAGUGGACAGAAGCCCUUGAAGCCAGCUGGGGAGUCAGACAGUCAAGAAGACAAGAAACAGGUGCGUAGGAAGCUGUGUUAGUGACGUGCUCUGAGCCAGUGGGGCAAGGGAAGAGCCGCUGGCUUGUUACUCCAGGUGGUCAGAAUGGUGUGGUACUUGGGCACAGCAGACGCCCCUGGGUGGGAUGUGCCUGCUUGUCCAGGACCAGAGGCAGGAUGCGAGGAAGGCGUCAGAGGUGAGGGUGCCCCAGGGGUGCUGGCCGCAGGCACCACCUCGGGCAGCGUGAGUGGAGGGGAGGACUGCUGGCCUGUGUGCAGAGCGGACCCGGCCGGGCUCGUGGGGAGUUUGGUGACAGGUGGCUACAGCUCGACAUGAGUGUCAGCGCCGGACACGGUAAGAAAUCAGUGGGUUCUGGUUGUAUCUUAAAGGUGGGGGCGGUAGGACGUCCCAGUAGACUGGACGUGGGGUGUAAGGGAGGGGAUGACGGAGGCACCCGGCUGGGGCAGCAGGGAGGACAGGGUCUGCGUCACCUGCUCAGGGAGGCCUUGUGAGUGUGUGAGGUGACCGUCCUGAGCCGUUCAGGUGGCCAGGCAGGGACACGGGCAGUCGGGUGUACGAGUCUGGCACUCGGGGGCGGGGAUGGAGAUUUGGGGGUGUUGACAGCAUUGGGCUAAGCGGUCACCAGGGAGGGGAGCAGUAGAGGACUCACAGCCAGGUAAUUUCUGUCUCCUUUGGAGAGGGACCCUGAGGGCUGCCCGCUUGCUUCCAUGCUGCUGUGCUCGCUCAGAACAUUUUUGGAAUUUUUUUUGGAAUUGCUUUUUACCCUGAAGGAUGUUUCUGAGUAGCUUCGAUGGUGGCAGAUUAUUGUUUGAGGACAGAUUUGAUUUUACGGAACCUCACAGAUGACACCCAGCCCACUAGAUUCAACAAUGUGGAAUGUGGUUUGUUUGUUAAGGUAAAGGGCUGUUACACUGAGAUUUUGUUUCUUUGGCUGAAACUUGCCCUUGGGUCACAGGUGUUCUGAGCGCAAGAUGUCAGCUCCACUGGGAGCCCCAUCUGUCCUGCCCCGUUGGGACCCCAGGGCCUGUGCAUGGUCCAGCCCAGGGCAGUCCCCUGACCCUCUGUGUAGGCACCUACUCCCACAAUCCUGCCACCCCGCCUACGUGGGCAUCCCUCCUCUCUGGCACCCGUUCUGGGGGCAUAGUUUCUCAAUAGGAAUUUCUGUGACCAAAGUUCCUGACAUCCCUGUCUGACCUCCACCCCGCCCCUCCUGGCGCCCCGGCUUCAGUAACUCCUCGGGGCCUCGGUGGGCUGAUCUCACCCCCUUCUCCCUCUCCCACCUGUCUGCAUUCCGACUCACCCAGCAGCAGAUUCUGCUGCUGUGUCCUUGUCACUCUGGCGCAGACACUGGCAACAUCUCCCUGCAUCUCUGUCUCCAUCCUGCCUGGCGGGGAAAGCCCCACACCCGGUUGACGCCAGCUGUGUAUCUGCACUUGGGCAGCUGUCCUGGAGGCAGAGAGGAACGUCACAACCCUGCCAUUCCGGCGCGACCACAAACCUCAGCACAGCCCAGGGGUCAGGCUCUUUUCCCUUAGCUACUUUUUCCUCCCAUUCUCUGAGACAGACGUUUCCUUUAACAACCCCCUCGUUGUUUCCUUAGACGUUUCCUUAGCUGGUGAUCUUGCUACUAAGAUGUUGUGAAAACAGAAGCCACCCAGAGGCCCUGUCCUCAUCUGCCCACCCGACCUACAAACCUUCCAGCUCCGGGGUCGUCCCUGACUGCUCACAAGUUCCCUUUAAAUGAUUCCCCCUUCCCUACAUCAUCGCUCUUCCCCACUCUGAAGGUGGUCCCUACCGGCUACACACAAACGCUCGCGCUUUCAAAGAGAAAACCCUCUUCCCGUGAUUCCCUGUUGCUUCCCCUCUGCUUCCUCCUCACCCAUCCACCCUUCCAUCCUCCUCCUGAGAGGCUCCCAAACACCAACCUCCAGGGAGACACUCUCACCCAGCUUCCCGCUGACCCCUGGCCAGAUGUUGCUCUGCCUGCCUCUCACUUGACCUUUCCUGCAGCCCGGGCUCCUUGACUUUCUGGUUUUCCUCCCCUGGGCAGCCCUUCCUAUUUACUCUCCCCUUGGCUUCUCCUGUUCGCUCUUCUUGCCUCAAGCAGCGGUUCUUAGCCCAGAGGCGAGGCUACUCCUCAGGGGACGUUUAGCAAUGAGUAGAGACCCCAAUGUGGCUGUCACAGCUGGGCGUGGGGAAGUGACACGGGCGUCCAGUGGGCAGACACCAGGGGCGCUGCUGACCACCCUGCCACGUGGGGACGGCCCCAUCCCCAGCAGGUGGCUGCGCGGCCCGAGGUGGCCCUGGUGCUGAGGCUGAGAAACCUUAUUCCUCCCGGUGGCUUCCAGGGUCCCCUUCUUUUUCUUCUUGGGAUGCACUCUUAGGUGAUUUAAUCUAUCCAUUGCUCUAAAUGCAUUUUAUGGGCUGGCGACCCCCAGCUUGAUACCUGCAGCCCGUCCCUCUCCCCUGAGCUUCAGGUCUGUGUAUCCACCUGUACUUGACCUGUCUACUUGGAAGUCUCUUGAGAAUCUAAGUGUGACCAAGGUGGAACUCCUGGUAAUUUCCCCUCUGAAGCCCAUUCUUCCCCAGCCCUCCUGUCUCAGUAAAUGCCAGCACUCCGCCCAGUGGCGCCGGCCAGACCAGGGAGUCAGCUUGCAUCCUCUCACCCCCUCCCCCUGACUAGGCCAAGAGCAAGUUCCAUCAGGUAUGUUUUCAAAACAUUUCCCAACUUGUUGGGUAACCCCUGUGUCCCUGGCCUUGGAACCGGCCUCCCUGCCCACCUGUGCCCUUCCCCAAGCCCCAGGCAGGCGUCUUGCAGACACACUUCAGACCACACAUGUCCCUUCCUUAAAACCCACAGCAUCCUUAGGAAAAACCCCAAACCCGGGCCCUACCUUCCUCCUAAACUCACCCAGACCAGUCCGGGUCCUCACCCCACCCUGCCACCACCCUGCCCUUUCUUUUGUUCCUUGAUCAGACAAGCCCUUUCUCACCUCGGGGCCUUUCCCAGCCUGAAAUCUCUUCCUCCCCAUCUGCCCGACUCCUCAUGUCCAGAUCUCAGCUCAGAUGUCACUUCUCUGAGAGGCUUUCCCUGACAUCCCUCUCUAAACCCAUCUCACCCCCUGCCGUGGACCCUCCCAUCUGGCAUCUGGUUUGUUGUCUCAUAUAAAUGCAAGCUUCCUGAGGGCACAGACACCAGUUACCUGUGUGUCCUCAGCACCUAGCCCGUGGCUGGUUCAUAGAGCAAGUCUAGCCCGUGGCAGGUUCAUAGAGCAAAUUUUAGGGGCCUGAACACAAAGGCUCAUUGCUGAAUCCACAUAAAAAAAAAUACUGGCUUAUCUUUGACAGUUUCCUCACUAUACAAGCACACCACCCUCCCCCCUUUCCCCAGGCUGUGUCUCUGGUUUGUGUUUGGAAUUGCUGGGGCCACAGAUCUUUUCCUGCAGCUGGUUUGGGGGCAAGGCCGACUGCCCCCCUGCUUUUCCUUUUCUGCCCUUUGAUUAUGAACGCAGCACAUCCAGCUCGGAUGUUCGAAGGAGCUGGAGCCCAGGGUGAAGGCCCUUCACCUGCCCCUCCCCGCUGUCCCGUCUGACGCCUGCAGGUGACAGUGGGUUCAGCCCUUUUGGAUUUUUAAACCCAAGAUGAACGGACAGGUACGUUUUCUGCCAGCCGCUCAAGGACAGCAGCGGCCACGUCUCAGGGCUGCCUGUUUUCUGAACCACAGACUUGGGCAGCAGUGCUCGUGAGGAGGAAGGGCUGCAGUAGAACCGGUGCUUCUGGGGGCGGACACUCCACCGUGCUUUGCGGACACCAGGCACCAUCCCGGCCACUCGUGUCCACCUGGGGGAGCGGAGGUGGUGCGGCCCCGUGCAGCAUCUGUGUACUUAGCCGCACAACCCUCCAGCAGAGUUUUCUCGGUUACGUGGUUUUUCCUUUAAAAUUAAGGUAUGGUAUGUUAAAAAGCCGUAACAUUUGAGUUGGCUCCCAUCAGAAGAAUGGAUUCAGCCCUUACUCUGUCGCCCUCUCGUUUUGUGUAACCCUUAGAAGGGCCGUGUGUGAUCUGUUUUUACUGUGGAAGGCUGGCGGGAGCGCAGGCGUGGCAUGAAAUAGCAGCGUCCGCCCCUCGGUCUCCCCUGCAGGCUCCACCUCCUCAUCCUCUUAGCCUUGGACUUCUCUGUGCGCACUGCCAGCGUGGCCUCGUCCAGCCCCGUAUCUUUAUCCCCUGAACGAACUCUGGACUUUUCUAUCCCCUGCCUACCCCGCAUCUUGGAUGUUGAAUGUCUUCUCAGCCUGAGUGUGUCACAGACCAUCCCCUUAGCCGGCUCCUCCUUCACCGCCCCCAUCACCCUAAGGACAACCCCAUCCGUCCAGCUGCUUACACCACAACCCGGGAGGCAUCCUUUGUUUUUGGUUUUGUAUUUAAUUUUUCUUUUAUAUUGGAGUCGAGUUGAUAUACAAUGCUGUGUUAGCUUCAGAUGUACAGCACAGUGAGUCAGUUAUACAUAUACAUGUAUCCACUCUUUUUCAGAUUCUUUUCCCAUAUAGUCAUUACAGAGUAUUGAGUAGAGUUCCCUGUGCGACACAGCAGGUCCUUGUUGAUUAUCUGUCUUGUAUAUAGUAGUGUGUAUAUGUUCAUCCCAAACUCCUAAUUUAUCCCUCCCCGCCCAGGGAGGCACCCUUGUCAUCCUGCUUUCUACACAGCCACGUUCAGUCCCUCAGCAAGUUGCAGCGUCUCCACACGCAGGAGAGACCUGGAAUUUGGCCGCUCCUCGGCUUCUUCCCGGCCCCCUCCCCGCCCAGGCCUCUGUGCCUGGUACCUGAUUAUCUCGGCAGCCUCCAGAGUGCGCUCUCUGCCUCCACACUUGCCCCUUCAGAUGCUCUCACACAGCAGCCAGCUCCUCCGUGUAGGGUGCCCUGUCUCACGCUAGUGCUUUCGGCGACUGAAGGCCUCUCCCAGCCUCUGCUCCCCUCCCCCUGCUCAGACACUGCAGCCCGUGGACAUAUCCCACCCCAGGGCCUUUACCCUGCUGUCCUCCCCGCCUGGGACAUGGUCCCAGAUGCCACGUGGCUCCAUGCUCCACCUCCUUCAGGCUCCUGUUCGAGCCUCACCCCAGUGAGAGCUUCCCCAAGCUAGUAAAGCUGUAAACCCUUCCCUGCUUAAUUUUUCUCCAAAGCAUGUUUUACCUUCUAAUGUACUUUACACACUUCCUAUUUAUUUUCUCUCUUGUCCGCCUCCUGCACUAGAAUGUAAAUUGCAUAUGGGCAGGGAUUUAUUUCAGUUUUUUUAAUUGACAUAAGUACUUGUUAAAUGAAUGAAGACAUAUUUGACAUUGUACUACAGAAGACCACAUAAGCUAAUUAUCUUCUAAAAUUUGUCUUUACAUUUGUAAUAAAGGAUCACAUGAAUAAUAUAUAAAGAACUAGAUAUUAAUAAACACAAAGCAAACAACCCUAGAGAAAAUACUCUGAAGGACAAUGAACAGACUUUCCACAGAAGAAAUACAGAAAUGCCCAGAGGGUGAAAAGUGCUCAGUCUCAUUAAUAAUCAGGGAAAUACAGAUUGGAACAGGAAAAUGUUUUUCAACCAUUAGAUUGGCACAGAUUACCAAGAUUGGUAACGCCUAGUGUGGUUAAGGCUCUAGAACACAAGAUUUAUACACGAUUGGUGAAAGUACAUGUUGGUACUUUGAAGGGUCCUGAUAGUACCUCUUCUUCAUUCAGUGAUGCGUCUACUUACCUAGCUUAUAAAAGCACUUGCACAUGUGCACAGAGAUGUAAAUAUAAGGCUAUUCAUUGCAGAAUUGUUGUUACUAGGAAAUAAAUGGGAAAUAGUUUAAAUGUCUAUCAAGUCUUUAAAAAUAGAUUACAUAAGAUCUUAUUAAAUGUUUAUGUAAAAUGAUAGAGCUGUGUAGAAAAAAGAACCUAAUCCAUUCUGACAUCAUCUGUUCCAAAUUUUAUGAAUUUUUAUUAUAUCAUACUUUAGUUUUAAAAAAAAGAAAUGAUCAUCUGUAAAACUGAAAAUAUACCAGUAUAAGUAGUACACCCAUACUGUGAAAUAUUCUGCAGCUUUAAGAAUGACCUAGAUCUAUAUAUACAUUACAGAAAGAUUUCUGAGGCAUCUGUUAAAUGAAAAAAGCCACCUGCAAUAUAUUUGUCAUAUUCCCACUUUACAUAAUAAACUCAAAUGCUAUUUUAUAAAUGGACAUUAAUACAUGUAAACGCAUAGAGAAACUUCUGGGAGGUUGCCAGCCAAAUAGUUAGCUAGUUUCCUUUGGGUUGGGAGUAAAUGCAGAGGAAGGAGUUCUACUCCUUCUGUAUUUGAACUUCUACCAAGAAAAGUAUUCAUGAUUAUUUUUAUAACUAAAAAAAAAAAGGUAAAGUUGGUUUCUGAGAAAUGAUUCUUAACCUUUAACUUGCAAAUAUGUAAUAUUGGAGGCUUCAGAUAUUUGUGAGAGAUCCCAGAGACUAAUACUACUUAAUAAUAAGUAGUAGUUAAUCUUUCAUUUAUCUGAGGCACAAAAAUGGAUUUGUCAUAAACGAGGGUUCAGGAGGAAGUCACGAGGCCUGUGCCGAACGUCUCCCGCGUUUCUUGUUGAAUAAAUGCGUAAACCGUGGCAGCUUCUCUAAAGUGAUUACUGUUUUGUAUGAAAAAUGGGCCUGGACACCAAAGCCGUCUGCUAGUGCUGGUGCCGACACGAGCAGGAGGGGAGACCAAGGGAGUGAUGGGCUCAACAGAAGCGGGGUUUUGUUUUGUUUUGUUUUGUUUUGUUUUGUUUUACGGUACGCGGGCCUCUCACUGUUGUGGCCUCUCCCGCUGCGGAGCACAGGCUCCGGACACGCAGGCUCAGCGGCCAUGGCUCACGGGCCCAGCCGCUCCGCGGCAUGUGGGAAUCUUCCCGGCCCAGGGCACGAACCCGUGUCCCCGGCAUCGGCAGGCGGACUCUCAACCACUGCGCCACCAGGGAAGCCCAGAAACAGGAUUUUUAUAUUGGAGUCAGAGAUCAAAUACAGUGCUGGUGCAGAUCUAUGGAGAGAAUAAAAUGUGUUCUGUAUAAAAAUAAAUAAAAUAUAUAUUCAUGAAACUUACAGUGACUGUAGCAGCCAGAGAAAUAUGGCUUCUUAAUAGAAAUUAUCCAUAGUGAAAUUUCUCAAAUUCGGGUUUUUGAGAAGGUCUUGAAAGAUUUCUCUUUUGAAUAAACGGUCAACAGCAGUUAAAGGGUUUUUCCAUAAGGAACCUCCAUUCUCAGGCCCAAAAUAAAUCUUCACAGUCCUCUAGCCCACCUCCAUUUGAAAUAGUAGUUUUUAGUUCUUUAAAAAAAUGUUUUAAAAUAUAAAAGUAAUAUAUAUUCAUUCUGGAAAAGUUAUACCAAAAGAUAUGAAGGAAAAAAAAAAAGCAUAUAAAGAGAACAGCAAAAAUCCUUCGAUUCCUAUGUAAUUUUGCCUUGUUUUAUGCAGUUAGAACAAUGGUAUGAAAACACUUUGUAUCCUUUUCAUUUGUAACGUGACUUUUAUCUGUGAAAACCCUAUCAGGGUCUGCAUUUUGCUGAGCCCUGUAACCUUCCUUGAGUGGUCCUGCAUAACCGGACUGCUCCCGGAUUUUUGAUGGAUGGAUAACUUCCAGUUAUGCUUUUAUAAAUAAUGCCAUAUUUUUAUUCUUAGAGCUUUUUAGGUAUUUCAGAUUGUUGCCUUAGGUAGAUUGUAGAUUUUAAUGUUAAAGGCUCUUGAUAAAUAUGCCCCAAGUUGCUUUCUUAAGCUUUAUUUUAACAAUGAAGAAGAGGAAGCCAGAGGGACACAGCCCACGGAGUCAGGAGCCACCUGGUGCGGUGGAGUCCUGACCCGGAUCCUGUUGUCUCUUCUGCAACCUUCUGCCUUCCCUUUGGGGACUCGAGCAGAAGAUCAGUGGUUCUUAUUUCUUUUUUUUUCCAUACCACUUUAUUUAUUUAUCUGUUUAUUUAUCUAUGUAUGUAUGUAUGUAUCUAUCUAUCUAUCUAUCUAAGCCACAGAGCUCACAGAUCUUAGUUCCCUGACCAGGGAUUGAACCCCGGGCCCAUGACAGUGAAAGCGCAGAGUCCUAACCACUGGACUGCCAGAGAAUUCCCCUGUGGUUCUUCUUUGCCAGCUGAUAGAAAUAGGAAUCCAAGGCUGUGCGGUACAGCGGCUCCUCUGCCAGCUGUGUGCCAGGACAGCAGGUCCAGUGUGUGCCACUUCAGCUCCUGCUGUUACAGCUGAAGUCACAAAACCACGGACCGUGUAAAAAUGUGUUCCUUACGUAGGGUCGUUCCUGUUUGUGGUUUGCUCUGACACCUUUUAAAGCGAAUGGUGGCGUUGUGUGUGAUGGGCUGGCUGGGCUCGGUCCCUGUGUGGGGUUUUCCAGCUCUCCACUUUUCCAGCCUUCUCUCACCACUUUUCCAGCCUUCUCCCGCCCCGCCCCACCCCCGCUUUGUGCUGCCCUGCUUUGGUCUGUCUGCUACUCCCUGCCUUUGUUCGUGCCGUCCCCUCUCCUGGGAGUGCCCCCCAUUCUCCACAGCUGGCCUGCGAGCCCCGUCAUCCCACAGACCAGCUUCCAGGACAUUCCCGUGGGCUCUCCAGACAGCCCUCAGCACCCGGACCAGCUGCCCAGCCUCCUCCGCGCUGGGCCUUCGCACUGACAGGGCAUUUGCCUCACCCGGCAUCUGGUCCUGCUUAUUAGCAAGUCUUUGGAACAGUCUGUGCCUCGCUAAUGUCUGUGUCCUCUGCACCACGUCUGACACUGAGAGGCAUUUGCCGUGUUGCUUCCUGGCUCACCAGCUGACAAGGGUUCCGGGUUGACGUUCUCUGUGGCUGUGUUCCAGGUGUUUCUGUCCGAGUGGAAGGAACGCAAGGUGGCUUUGUCGCGGCUCACCAGGCUGGAGGUAAGAGACGACUUCCUGCACGGACUGCGGAUGCUGAAGUCGUUGCAGAGUGAACACGUUGUCACGCUGCUGGGCUACUGUGAGGAUGACAACAGCAUCCUCACCGAGUACCACCCCUUAGGCUCCCUGAGCAGCCUGGAGAUGACGCUGAACCUCUCCAAGUACCGGAGCACGAACACAUGGCAGCACAGGCUGCAGCUGGCCCUGGGCUACGUGGCCAUCAUCGACUUCCUGCACCGUAGCCCCCUGGGCACGCUGGUCAUGUGCGACUCCAGCGACCUGCCCAAGACGCUGUCCCAGUACCUGCUGACCGCCAACUUCAGCAUUGUGCUCAACGACCUGGACGCCCUGCCCCUGGUGAACCGCAGCACCGGGGCCCUGGUGAAGUGCGGCCACCGGGAGCUUCGCGGGGACUUCGUGGCCCCAGAGCAGCUGUGGCCCUACGGAGAGGAUGUGCCUUUUCACGACGACCUCAUGCCCGCGUAUGAUGAGAAGAUCGACAUCUGGAAGAUUCCAGAUGUCUCCAGUUUCCUUCUGGGGCAUGUAGAAGGGAGCGACAUGGUCCGAUUCCACUUGUUUGAUAUUCACAAGGCGUGUAAGAGCCAGACGCCUGCAGAGAGACCCACCGCUCAGGACGUCCUGGACACUUACCAGAAGGUUUUGAAUCUACUCAGAGACACCGCGACAUCUCAGACAAGAGAGAUGCUGUAAAAACCAGUGCAGUCGGUGAGGUAUGGGAGUCAAGGAUCGGAUGGAAGAGUUACAUUGGUUCCGCUCUGAUGGUGAGGUUUUUGCUGCUUUGACCCGUGGUUCUUCCAUCCGCGUGCACAAGUGAGUGGCUCCCUAUCCUGGCCGCCUGGCAGGAGUUACUAAGCCAGAGCAAACUGGGCUUGAUGGGAGCCUGGCUUCAGGCGAAGGUGCAGAGAAGCAGCGAGUCUGGCCAGUAUCUGAAGGAAGUAACAAAAAUGGAGCUACAAAGAGGCUUCCCUAACACCUAAAUGUGUAAGCUUGUAAGAAAUGUGUGUAGAGAGGUUUUUAAAUUGCAGUGUACGGAAGAAACGAGCAGUAGUACUCGCUUUUUUAGGUGAGUAUUGCGGUGUAUUUCACUGGUACUGAUGAGGCAUCUCUACCAUUUCAAAUGAUUGCUCUGUGAAGCUCCCGUGCCAUUCCCUUCCCAGCGAGCUUGCACGUUCUUUGAAAUUUUGAAUGGAUAAGGAACAUUUAAAAUAUCAAGUAUGAUGGAGAUUAUGUUACUGCCUUGGAUGGUGCUUGUGAAAUUCCUACUUACCUUCCAGCUGGAUUUUCUGUGUCCAGAAUUAAUUAUUGUGAACAUUUUAUAUCAACAGUAUCUGUCACUCAUUACUGGAAGGUGUCAAGCCCUUCCACUUGAGUUGCAUGAUUGAAUCCUUCAAGUAGCUCUUUCCUUGGUCACUGUCAUCCUUGUUUGCAGGGGAUGAUGGGUUUGGUGCAUAGUCAUCAUCACCAGUAAGGGGGUUAAAGCUGACUGAGGGGCAGAGAUGCUGUGCAGCCGGCUGCCUGCCCCUGGCUUGCACAGGCCUCACAGGCACUGGAGUCACAGGGAGCUGGGCCCUGACCCACAGGCUCUGACUCAGUCUGUCUGGGUGGAGUCCGAGAGUUUGCAUUUCUCACUGGUUUCCAGGUGAUUCUGGUGCUGCCAGUCUGGGGACCACAUUUCGAGAACCACUGUGCUUAACUGUCAGGGAGGGCAACCGAGGCAGUGGGAUAGGGAGUAUUGUCAGUAUUAUCCCUAUUCUACUGCCUGUGGUUGAUCGGGUCCUGUGGGUCCUAUGGUUCGUCAGAGAAUACGCUUGCCCAGAGUAUAUUAACUGCUACUUUCUGUUAUAAAAAUGCUGCCAGAACCCACUAGGACGGCUGUAAUCAGAAGGAUGGACAGUAACAAGCGUUGGUGAGGAUGUAGAGAACUGGAACCAUCAUACACUGCUGGUGGGAAUGUCAAGUGUUCCAGCUGCUUUGGAAAACAGUCUGGCAGUUCCUCAAAAAGUUAAAAUAGAGUUACCAUGACCCAGCAGUUCCCCUCCCCAGUAUUUACCUGAGAGAAUUGAAAACAUGGCCAUAAAAGAACUUGUACAUGAAUGUUCAUAGCAGCAUUAUUCGUGAGAGACAAAAGAUGAAAAUAACCCAAAUGUCCAUCCACUGGUGAAUAGAUAAAGAAAACAAAGAAAAUGUGGUCCAUCCAUUCCAUGAGGCGUUGUUCAGCCAUAAAAAGGAAAGAAGUACUGAUACAUGCUCCGACAUGGAUGAAUAUGCUAAGUGAAAGAAGCUGUCACAAAAGACCACAUUUGUAUGAUUUCAUUUGUAUGAAAUGUCCAGAAUCGACAAACCCAUAGACAGAGAAAGUAAAUCAGUAGUUUCUAGAGGCUGGCAGGGGCCUGGGGUUGAAGAAUGGGGAGUGCUUGCUUGUGGGUACAGGGUUUCUUUGGGGGUGAUGAAAAUGUCCAGAAAUGAUGCAGUGGUGAUGGUUGCACAACUCUGAAUAUACUAGGUAACACUGAAUUGUACAAAAAGGGACAAUUCUAUGGUAUGUGAAUUAUAUCUCAAUAAAGCUGGAACCCCCCCCCCACCUCUGCCACAAGACCAUGUACCUCUUAUGACCCUUUUCACUUGAUGUAGUAGUUACUGUGUGGAGUUGCUGAUUUGAAAUUACCCUAUUCAUGUUGUAAUUCUGGUUUGAGGGUUUUCUUGGUUUGGUGACUUUGCAUUGGGAGCAAAACAUUGUUUCAAAUGAAUUUGUUUUUAAAUAUUGAUGAUAGAGCUAAAAUGAACAGCAUGGUGUAAGGGAGGGGACGCUGUCAGGAUCAGAAGACCUGAGUUAUCAUCCCAGCUCUGCCUCUGACUCAUGUGUGGCCUCAGACAAACCCAUUUCUAAAUGAGAGAGUUGGUGAGAGGCAUUUCCAACUUCUGCUCUGCCUCUGAGUUCUCCCUGAUGCUUUACCAUGCCAGUGCCAGACACCAAACUGGCCCUGGCCCUUCAGGUUCAAUCUUCAGUACCAACAGAACUGCAAAAUCAUAAGAGGAACUUACAUGCUCACUAAAACCUAGGUGAGUUCAUUGCCCACAUAUUCAGCAAAAGUAUAAUCAGGAGAAGAGGCAGAUGAGGUGAGCCAUUCUCAAAGCACAGCCCAGGAUUUAGUGGUCUCUCUACUAACCUUAUUCCAAGUUUAUUUUUUUUUUAAUCACUAUGGGGACAUCACUGGAGGUCCAGUGGUUAAGACUCUACACUUCCACUGCCAGGGGCAAGGGUUUGAUCCCUGGUCAGGGAACUAAGAUCCUGCAUGCCACGUGGUGUGGCCAAAAAAAAGAAAAAAAAUCAUCACUACCAUGUGGUUUAUAGUGUGUUUUCUCUUUAUCUCAUGUGAUGCUACCAACACCCCAAGCUUCAGAGAGCCUCCAGGGAUUGUAAAUCGUUCAGCAGAGACAGGACACGUGAGUGUUCUUAAAACGAGGCACAUGAGGUGGGAGUGGGGUGGAAAGCUUAUCUCACGCAGGAUGUGUUAAAAAGGUCCUCUAUGUAUCCACCCUCCCCCCAUUAUUUUAAAAAUAAAUGUCAGUUUCAGUAAUCACUAUUCUCAUAUGACUUUUAAUCAUUUAACAUAGGGGUCCCCAACCCUGGGGCCACAGACCAAUACCAGUCUGUGGCCUGUUAGGAACCGGGCCGCACAGCAGGAGGUGAGCGGCGGGCAAGCGAAGCUCCAUCUGUAUUUACAGCCACUCCCCAUUGCUUGCAUUAUCGCCUGAGCUCCACCUCCUGUCAGAUCAACGGUGGCAUUAGAUUCUCAUAGGAGCGCAAAACCUACUGUGAACUGUGCAUGCGAGGGAUCUAGGUUGCGCGCUCCUUAUGAGAAUCUGAUGCCUGAUGAUCUGAGGUGGAGCUGAGGCAGUGAUGCUAGCGCUGGGGAGCGGCUCUAAGUACAGAUUAUCAUUAACAGAGAGGUUUGACUGCACAGAGACCAUAAUAAAUCAAUUGCUUGCAGACUCAUAUCAAAACCCUAUGAGUGAGUGGUAAGUGAAAACUACGCUGCUUUUGGUGGCAGGCUUUAUAGUGGCAAGUGAGUUGAUGGUACUUCAAUCGUACAGCUGCAUCUGAUGGCGGGCUCUAAGUCAGAAUCCGACACUUAUUUUAGUCUGUGUGUGGCCCGCCCAUUAUUUUAUUUACCACUUCCAUCCGUGCCUCUUUCCUGCACUGCACACUUGUCUCAGUCACAGUUUUGGUAAGCCUGCAAGCUAACCCUAGCCCACAUGAGUAAAAAACAAACAUCGCUGGAGAGCUUCUUUGAAAAGGUGGAAAGACCCAAUGAUGAGACAACAGAAAACUCUAAGACUGCCAACAAAAAGAAAGCUGCAUUUAGAAGAAAAUGCCAAGAGUCCUACUUAAGUUACGGGUUCAUUGCAACAGGUGAUUCACAUUCUCCAAGCCUGCUUUGUAUAAUAUGUGGCGAUUGGCUAUCCAAUGAAAGCAUGAAACCUUCAAAACAGCUUCACCGCAUGGAGACCAAGCACCCUGCAUUAAAAGACAAGUCUUUGGGGUUUUUCAAAAGAAAAAAAAAUGAAUACAAAGAACAGAAGUUCAAUUAUUGAAGUCUACCACUUCAUCAAAUGUGUCUGCACUGAGAGCAUCAUACUUAGUGGCUAACCACAUUGCUAAAGCUAAGCCCUUUACUAUUGGUAAAGAGUCGAUCCUGCCUGCUGCGAAGGACAUUGGUCGUGAACUUUUAGGAGAGGCUGCAGUUCAAAAGGUGGCACAUGUUCCUCUUUUGGCUGGCACUGUAACUAGAAGAAUUGAUGAAAUAGCAGAGGAUAUUGAGGCACAAUUGUUAGAGAGGAUUAGUGAGGCACCAUGGUACGUAAUCCAGGUUGACAAGUCUAUCAAUGUUGACAACAAGGCAGCAAUGCUUGUCUUUGUGUAAUAUAUUUUUCAGGAGGAUGUGUAUGAGGAUAUGUUAUGUGCACUUUUGUUGCCAGCCAACAUCACAGCUGCAGAACUAUUAAAGUCUUUGAAUGAUUACAUAUCAGGAAAACUGAAUUGGUCAUUUUGUGUCAGUAUAUGCACGGACGGAGUGGCUGCCAUGACUGGACGGCUUUCUGGUUUCACUACUCAGGUCCAAGAGGUCACUUCUGAAUGUGAGUCUACGCACUUAGAGAAAUGCUGGCUAGCCGAAAAAUGUCACCUGAACUUAAUUUUUUUUGUGUGGUACGUGGGCCUCUCACCAUUGUGGCCUCUCCCGUUGUGGAGCACAGGCUCCGGAUGCGCAGGCUCAGCGGCCAUGGCUCACGGUCCCAGCCGCUCAG